GAGACUAUUUUAUUAUACGCUCUCGGCUCUACAGUCUACUCUAUUAUUCGGCUGCUCAUCUUUAGCGUUUGCGCCUUGAAAUCUCCCAUAGUGCGCAUAUGCAAUUUACUAGUGAGCAAAGGAUUGAAAAUACUUGUAUUGCCACCUAGCUAAAGAUAGGUAUACUGGUAGGUAUUUACGUCGAUAGCUAAGGGAUAGGCAAACAUUACAGAUACAGAUUUAAAGGUGUGUUUGUUAUAUUUUUUGGAUAAAACUAAUUGCCUUAUUAAACAUUCAAACUCUAAUGUGCCUCUUUAUAUAUUCUUCUAUUGUUUGACAUGACUUUGGAAGAUCCAUUUUAUGUUGUGAAAGAUGAGGUGUUCCGGGCAUUAAAUAAAACUCGUGGUUUGUACCUACGCUGGCAAGAGUUGUUAACAUCUCCAGUACUUCCAAAUUCUGCCGAAGUUGAAUGGACCUCAAUAGAACUUCGAAGUGCCCUGCGUAGCAUAGAAUGGGACUUAGAAGAUUUGGAAGAUACUAUCAGCAUCGCAGAGAAAAAUUCAUCCAAAUUUAAAAUUGAUCAGAAAGAGAUUUGUGACAGAAGAACUUUUAUAGAGGCUACUAAGCAGGAAGUCCAGAUCAUGAAGAAUAAAACCAGUAUCAACAGAAAUAUUGAUAAUGAUGGAACAGCGCAAGAACCUCUUUUAGGUGAUGGCAGUCCCAGGAGAAGCAGGAACAUGUGGACUCCAACACCAAAAUGUUCUAAGAAGAAAUAUUUGAAGCUCAAUUCAGAGACUGAUAGUCCCAACAGGUCUAAUGAAUUUGAAAAUGGAAUGGGUCCUCCAGACCAAGAAGAAAUGUUAGAAGCACAAGAUGAGCAAUUAUCUAUGAUAAACAACUCCGUGAAUACACUAAAAUCAGUCUCUACUUACAUUGGACACGAAUUGAAUGAUCAAACAAUAUUGAUAGACGAUCUUAACUCGGAGAUGGAAAUGACUGAUUCGCAAUUACACAUUACGGUUAUGAGAGUCACCAAAGCGCUACAUUUAACAAAUGAUAAAUAUCAGUGUGCUGGCAUUGUGAUAUUAAUAGCGAUCUUGUUAUUAUUAUUAAUUUUAUUUGUUGUUUUAUAAAUGUAUAGUGAAACAAAUGCUAGUCAUGGUAUCAAUAUUAUUAGUGCAGUAUCUUGCAUGAUUUGCUAUAGUGUAAGAAUCAAGUGAUCUCUAUUUUCAUGUAAUUUAAUUAUUCGAAAUGUAAUUUAUUCAUAUUAUCAGCCAGUACCAGGAUCUCAUCGUAAGUGAACAUAUAAUUGCAAAGUGUGAUCUUUACGAAACAAACUUUAUGAUUGUCGUGUAUUUUCUUAUUUAUUUAAUUAAAUAUGCUUGAAAAAGUUGAACGCUUGCACACUUGCCGUAUUGAUAUAUUUGUACACGAAAUUUUUCAUACUAAAUGUAUACUUGUUAAUAUUAAAUUUUUAAAUAAUAUACUGGAAAAGGCGUACUUUUGCUGGUACAGAAGACACGUGGUACCUCAAUAUGAUGGGGAAGUUGUCUUUUCUUAAAUUAACUAACCUAAACUUAUUUCUACUCAUUUAGAAAACAAGAUGAUGUUUUGAGAAAUCUUCCUUUCGGAGUAUGGUAUUUAAAUUGGCCAUAUUAAAGUGAUUUGAUUUGAUUAAGAGUUAUGUUCUGAGUUUUUUUAGUUACUGAACAAAUAUUGACGGAAGGCAUGUAUUUUUAAUUAUUCCUUUACUAUAUUAUUGGAAUAUAUAUGUAAAAUGUUUACAUGGCUUUUAGUUAAACACCGGAGCACAAGCAUACAAUACGACAAAUGUGCUAUUUUAUGUGAUGCUAUUUACAUCUUGGUGAUAUUUUCCAAUCAGAAUUUUAAGGAUAGACCAUCAAAUCGCCUUAAUAGAUAUAAAAUAUACUAAUUCGCAGUAAUUUAAAAUAUAAUUUUUAUUAUUGUUAUCUAUUUUUUAUGUGUUUUUGUUUUAUAUAAUUUAACUGUUAAUCAAGCUUUAGUAGAAUACAUAAUUUUAUUUUUAUACUACUCUAAUUGUUAUAUUUUGGAUGGUAUUGUCGUAGGGAAAAGUUAGGGUUGUCCCCAACCAGGCUUGCGAUUGGCUAUGGUAGGCGAGUGUAGCAGCCCUAAUGAUCACCUCAAAAGCCUCAUUGGAUUUUUGAAUUCGAUUUCAAGAUUAAUCUGAAUACUUUAGGACAGAAUACAUAUUCAGAAAACUAGUGUUGCCUUCCAUUUGUGAGUUGGAGAAAUGUGUGUCAAAAUAUAUUAUACUGUAAACGUUCAAGUCAAAUUAUUUAUCAGGAGAAUGAAGUUUUAAUUAAAUACGGAAUAAAUAAUAGUACCUA